AUGGCUCAUUUAGUCCUGCGUAUCAUUGGAUUUCUCUGUGGGUGCAUCGGCAUGAUUCUUGCCUGGGUGAUUACACUAAUGCCUCAGUGGAGGGUGUCUAUCAUUGCUGAAAACAACGGAUCUCAAAAUAUCCGUCUUGAUGGACAGUGGAUCAGUCGCUUUGAUGGCCUGUGGAGCACCUGUAUCAAUCAGGCCCAGAGUGGACAACAGUGUAGCAGCUAUGACUCCAUGAUUUCAAUCACAACAGAUCUGAAAGCUGGAAGGGUACUGAUGUGCUUUGCCGUUAUAUUGAGUUUUCUAGCAUUUCUGUUCUCAUUUAUUGGACUCAUGCUCACUAGAUAUCAAGAUAAGUACGGGAAACAUUGUCUAAUUCUCACAGCGGGAAUCCUGUAUAUUGUGAGUAUUGUUCUGAUGGUUAUUCCAGUUAUCUGGGUGACUAGCAACAUUGUCACACAGGCCUGUGAGCCUUACUGCAAAGGAGGAAUCCGGAUUGAGCUAGGAGAGGCCUUGUUCCUUGCCUGGCCAGCUGUUGGAUUUCUUCUCGUCGGAGGGAUAAUAUUAUGCUGGGCUUGUCCAAAAAAACAUCGAAAGGAAACGUGUAUCUAUACCACACCUCAGGAUCAGGAAAUGGUGUACAGAGUACGUCCGACAGAAGGAGAACUGAGAAAUUGCUACAACAAGAAUGAAUAUAUUUAA